AUGGGGGAGGAUGACAACCCCGUCGCCAAGUUCAGUCACGGAAAACGCUUUGGAGAGUGGGUUAUAGUGAAAAAAUUGGAUGAAGGUGGUUUUGGACAUGUUUAUAAGGUGGAGAGCACAAAACGGAAAGGACAGGCGGCCGCGCUGAAAGCAGAGCCAAACGAUGUCGAAGGAGGAUCAGCCAUCAAGCUUGAGAUCGCAAUCCUUCGAGCCAUGACCGAAUCUGGAGAUAAACCACACAUUCCAAGCGUAUUCCAUGCUGCCAAGCACAAGAAGUACUGCUAUAUGCUUAACUGCCCUAAAGAACUGAUGUCUCCUGGAACAUGGAGCCGUAUCGCGGUACAGUGCUUGUACAGCGUGAAACUUGUGCACGACUAUGGCUACGUCCAUCGCGACAUCAAGCCGAAUAAUUUCGUGAUGGGACACCGAGAUGAUCUUGAAAGGGCUCGCAUUGUUCACAUACUCGAUUUCGGACUCGCACGAUCGUAUGCUGCUUUUGUAAGUGUAAAUCUUCCCAUUUAA